GCUUGUCACCAAGAUUAACCCGGAAGUAUUUUUGCCUUUCUCUUUACACUCGUGAGUUAGUUUAGCCUCGGCUACUCGUGCAACUCAGAGAGCUUUCGUUGUUUUUUAAAAAGUCAUUUAACUAAUUAUUAUUUUAUUUACCAAAAAUGUCUUCGAAAGUCGACAAUAAUGACCCCAAUUUAGACGGACGAUCUGCCGAACGUAAGGAGGAGCUAAACAAGCAGAUCAAGGAACAAAAGGUGGCUGUGGAUGAGCUGUCCAAUUUGAAGAAGGAUAGGAAAGUGUACGUCCAGCAGAGGAAUAGCAACAUAUUGUUCCUGGCAGACAGAGGACAGACUUUGAGUUCAUGCAAGAGUUCCCGUACUUGGACGAGAGUGUGGUGAGCUACUUGAACUCUCUGCCCAUGCGGGACAAGGCCGACCUGUCGCUUCCGCGGGGUGCCGGCGAGAAACUGCUGCUGAGGCUGGCCGCCCGUCAGCUUGGCCUCGGAGCGUC